UGAAGCUGACGGAAAUCUCCAUUGAAUAACUACAACAUCUCGGUCCUUACUCUCGCGUAACACUAGCGCGAAGCGCAAUUAGCACUUACCGCGGGAAACAUUCCGCGGGAAAUUGCCGAACGUUUCCACCUGCAAUUCGCGUUUGAUGUUUAGUUGGUCAGCACUCGAAGUGUUCCGAAAACAGCAGAUAGCAUCUCGGCAGUGUUUACCGCCUCAGCUGGCCAAUUAUGACGGACUCGAGCAGAUAAAAACAACCCGUGCGCGUCGGUCUGUGUCACUCGCUCCGCGACGGCUGCUGUGCAGGAGGUCAGAGUGCGUUUUCUGGUUGUGGCGGUGGGGGCUCGUUCGAUCAGCCGUUUCAUCGACGCCGUAAAGAUUUAUCUGCAAGCUACAAUAGACAGUUAUGGCUUUUGAAAACCUGUUUCCAUAUCUUGGACACUUUGGCCGCUAUCAGAAGAGAAUCUAUGUGCUUCUGUGCUUGACGGCAGUUACAGGAGCUCUACAUAAACUUGUAGGAGUUUUUUUGCAAGCUAGCGUGAAUUAUCGGUGUCAGCUGCCAUUUGAGAAUGAAACAGCAUCGUACACUCUACCUCCAGAAAUACUGAAUAUGUCAUACCCAUGGGAUGAGAGGGAAUAUGCUUUUUCAUCAUGUCAGAUGUUGGCCGCAAAUUACACAGAAGAUUAUUUUCACAGUGGUAGACCAUCUAAUGAAAGUGUGACCUGCACUCAGUGGAUAUAUGACAAAAGUAUUUAUAAGAGCAGUACAAUAAUGGAGUUUGACUUAGUGUGUACGUAUGGAUGGUUACCAGCCAUGUCUGAUUCCAUGUUUAUGCUUGGUGAUGUUAUUGGAUCCUUUACUUUUGGUCUGCUUUCUGACAGGUAUGGAAGAAAGCCAAUCUUCAUGGUAGCUGUUGUGAUGCAAGUAAUUGCAGGGUUACUGGUUUCAUUUUCACCACAGUAUGUAUGGUUUAUUAUAUUCAGACUGUUUGUUGGAAGCACCGUCUCAGGGCUAUUUCUUGUAGGAUACGUAAUUGCAAUGGAAAUGGUUGGUACAAGGAAACGCUUAUUUGCUGGUGUUGCUUGUCAGUUAUUCUUCACCUUUGGUUAUGUUAUAACUGCACUAUUUGCAUACCUUAUACCAGAGUGGCGAUUACUACAAAUAGCAAUUACAGUGCCAUCUCUCAUAUUCCUAAGCUACUGGUGGAUUAUUCCAGAAUCAUUUAGAUGGUUAAUAGCAAAUGGUCAACAGGAAGAAGCACGGAAAUAUAUUUUGAAAGCUGCAAAAGAAAAUGGAGUAACUAUUCCAGAUGAUGUGCUGACCAAAGCCAUAAUGGGAGAAGGUUCAGUUCAGUCAGAAAACAAUUCUCAGAAAUAUUCUAUAAUUGAUAUGAUGAAGCAUAGUAAACUUAGAAGGAGAACACUAAAUAUUUUCUUUAUUUGGUUUGCAAAUAAUGCAACAUAUUAUGGACUUUCUUGGAAUACAUCAAAUCUGGGAGGCAAUGAUUACAUAAAUUUUUUAAUAGCUGGUUUUGUGGAAGUGCCAGCAUAUACUUUCCUUUUAUUCUCUCUUAACAAAUGGGGGCGAAAGAAAAUUCUGUGCUCCUCCAUGAUAAUCGCUGGAGUGUCACUAUUUGCUGCAACUGCUGUACCACAAGGCAUAUCUUGGCUUGUGGUCACAUUUGCAAUGCUGGGAAAAUUAGCCAUUACUGCAUCAUACGGCACAAUAUAUAUCUUCACAGCAGAGCAGUUUCCAACUGUGGUUCGCAAUGUAGCAUUGGGAGCUAGUUCAACAUGUGCUCGCAUGGGGGGCAUGGCUGCUCCAUACAUCAAUGUUUUGAAUAUCAUAUGGCGACCAUUACCGCUUCUAAUAUUUGGUACAGUGUCUAUCACUGCAGCAUUUAUGGCGCUGACAUUGCCAGAAACUCUAAAUCGAAAACUACCAGAUACAAUUGAAGAUAUGGAAGAACAAGAAAAGCCUCUUUCUGGUGCAAGGGUUGGUGACCACAUAGAUGAAGUUCCAAAGGAGAGCAUCUGAGACGCAGUGUAUGACAUACAUGCUGUACAUCAAUGAAACCCUUACUUUAAUUGUUUGUGUUGUUAAGAGUGAAGAAAAGAAGACAGAGGAUAUCACACCAGUGUCGGUGAAAUUAGAGACUAUACAUGUUUUUGUUGCAUUUCUUUAAAAAUGGCCUUACCUUUUAGGUCAAACCUAUGCACACAGAAUCUAAUCCUGGUUCAGAUAUCAUGUAUAAUUUAGAAGCCCUAUUAACAAUCUCGAUGAGCCACUUAAGAAGGCAUAGGAAAGCAAAGAGGCAUAUAGCUUCAAGUAGGUUCUUGCACUUUGUGAGAAAAAUUUCCAACAGCUAACUGUAUUGCCUCAUGUCGUUUCAGAACAAUCCUUAUUCCAUAUUGCCCUUGAGAAUGCAUAUUUGCAACAGCUUAAUGAUUUCAAAGUACAAACUGAUAAAUUACAGUAGUUUUGACUCAUAAUAACAUUUUAUUUUUAUUUACACAUUGCUCAAAAUUUCUUGUUUAAUAGAAAGUAUUCAACUGGACAAUAGAGCUAUCAAGUUCAGAAAUAUUAGUAGCUUUACACAUUACUUUUUAUGUUUCCUCAUUUGUUAACUGCUUGUCAGUAUUUUAUUUCUUAUGACUAAGAAGUAGAUGUGUGUGUGUGUGUGUGUGUGUGUGUGUGUGUGUGUGUGUGUGUGUGUGUGUGUGUGUGUGUGUAUGUGUGUGUUUAUCAGUGUAUGUUUGUAUUUAUACUCUUACCAGCAUUAUUUGUACUAUAACCAGUGAAUAUAUUUUGCCUUGAUCUCAUUUUAUAACUGUUGAAAUGAUAUGUUUUGGUUUUCUACAAUGUGCCAUCUAUUUGAAUAUAAUGGUAUCCACGAUACAAAUUGUCCUGCUAAUCAUGACCAUUUUCUAUCAUUGUGUGUCACUGAAAUUUAGCUAUAUGAAUGUUUCUUCAUAGAUUGCAGAGAUUCCCCUUCUUAGUUUUGAUUAUUCUCUCAUUUAUAUCUCACAUAUUUUCUUCUUUCCUUUAUAUACUGGUUUCAGUCUCAGCUCACUGGGCAGCGUAGGAACCCUAGGCAUGUAAGAAACAGAUAUGGCAGUUUCUGUUCCCCCUGUGUCUCAUGGGGAUCCAUGUUGAAAAUCUGCAGUCCCCCACCACUCACACACUGGGUAGGCUGAUGGGUGUAGUGUGAUAUCAUUCGAUGUCCCCCUCCAAGACAAACAAACUGGAAUUAUAACUUUUUUUGAUGCGGUUUGUAGGUUUUGAGAUAUUUCAAUGUUUUCAGUUAAAAUGGAUGCACUGUAAGCACACACACACACACACACAGAGAGAGAGAGAGAGAGAGAGAGAGAGAGAGGGGGGGGAGAGAGCAAGAUUAAUGUUUUAAAGAAAUAAGUACCUGAAAAGUCCUACCUAAUUUGAAAUAUGAAUGUCAGAAAGGUAAUAACAUAGGUGUGAAUGAAUGAGUAAGCAUGGUUGUACAAGGGCAAUGGAUAAUGGACAUAAAUAACUGUGAAGAUGUUUUUCCCUUGUGAUGUCAUGGCAACAAUUUCUUUCAUAACUUAGUCAGUUUAAACAGAUAAAUGCUGCAGAAAUCCUAACAAAACUGCCCAAUGUGCAUGGAAAUAAACUGCACCAAGGUAGGAUAAGAGGCUGAAAUUUAUCUAGUCGUACAUAACAGCUUACAAUUUCAUAAUCAUAGUUUAACUGAAUGAAACACAAAUUUGUAGAAUAAAGCUAAGAGUAAAUAAAAUUAAACCAAUCCUACUGUUACAGUCAAACCAUUUUGGUUUGCAAACUCUUUUUACACCUACCACAAAUGUUCUCCUUUCUCUCUUUCAGUACCCAUACAUUCUUCACCUAAUUUUUGUCAACUCCUAAUUUUUGUUUAUAAAUUAUGGGUUAUGUAAUUACCAUAAACUUACCUGUUAUAAAAAUCGACAGCUUUCCUUCUCCUUUUGUAGGUACCCCAAUUAUUUUUGUCCAUAUAUCAACAAUGUAGUUUAAAAAUAUUAUUUCCUCCCAAAAUAAAUUCAAUACUAAAAGAAGAACAAUAUCAACCACAACACUCUGAAAAGACUCAAGAACUUUUAGGUGUAUUAGAAGAAUUUGUAACUGUAUGUUGGUUCACAAUGUCUAAUGCAAUUGAUAUAUUUUUGAUAUUCAUUUUACUCCUGUUAAAUAUUUAAAUUAUAGAAAUAUAUUUAUGCACUUUAUAUGUUGCAUUGUUUCAUAAUGAAACAUAACCAUUGAGGUUUCAUGUAUAUCUUGUCAUCAAGAAAUAAACCUUUUUUGUCAGUUUUCUCAGUUUGUGCAAAGUAUUUCUUUAAAAAUUCCUGAGUAUGUAUAUUGAUAACACCAAGUAUAUAUUUACAGAGUUACUCAAUUUAAUGUAACUCUAGUGUAGUAUAUGUGUUAUGCAAUGAUGUAAACAAAUAAUGCUAUGUACCUGUAUCACUCAGCCCUGACUAAAUAUUAAAAAAUGUGCAAGGGAUUAUUCCUUUGCAUUGAUGAGUAAUAUUUUACCUGUGUGGGUGAUGACAAGUGGUUGCUUGUAAACAAAAAUAUUGUACCAAUGUACAGAUGACAAAUGCAUCCCUCUCAUCAUAUAAACUACAGCAGCAUACAUUUUGAUACAAUAAAUGAAUAACUGUCUUGCCAAGUGCAA